CCCCCCCCCCCCCCCCCCCCCCCCCCCCCCCCCCCCCCCCCCCCCCCCCCCCCCCCCCCCCCCCCCCCCCCCCCCCCCGGGGGGGUUAAGUGCUUAAUUCUCUUUUCUUCAACUAGUACACCAUUAAUAGUUCAAAGAAAUCUUCGGUUGAUGCGACAACUUUAUGGUUGUCAAAGGCAUCAUCUUCGUCGUCUGCAACUACGCUGAUUUUACCGCGGAGUGCACGAGUUAAGGCACGAAAUACAAUACCGAGACUGCAUGAUCGCUCGAGUCGUUUAUUAGCUAUUCUGUUAUUUUCGUGUCUAUCUGGUCUUUGUCUGUUGAUCAUGUUUGGUCUUUAUUUGAAACAAGCGCAGUUACAUGGCAAUGGUAAUCGGAUUUUAUUACGCAGGAAAAAGUGGUUAGAACCAACAACGGAACUAGAUAAACAUACAGAAAAACUGCUAAAUGCAAGACAAAAAUUGAUGGCAUCUCCACAAAGCAGUUGGUUCAGCGCAACAUCAACAUUCGAAAAUAGUUUAACUCCCGAGUGA